ACUAACAAGUAACAACCCUACAAAAUGUCAACCCAAAAUUCCAGUGUAAACAAAAACUAACACCACAAUUAAAUAAAUAACAAGUAACAACAAUUUUGCUAAUAUUCCGGACUAAAAUUUAAAGUGAUCACUCAAACAUGGCGCACGCAUUUUUCGCGGAUGCGGCAAAAAGAUCAGAACGCCGAAACAGAAAAUGGUACAUGGACAACUUGUUGAACGUGCUGCAAGCAGCCAAGGAAAACCAGCAGAGAGAUAUCGACGCAUCCAUUGCGCUUGCUGAGGAACUUAUGCGGAGAUUAAACGCGCCUCAACCGCCGCCCGCAGUGGUGCCGCUGCGGCGUGUGAUACCGACUGAAAUAGACGCCGUGAUGUACCCGAUAGAAGAGGAAGUUCUCGAUAUACUGCACAAAAGCACUGAAAAAGGAUCUGCCAAUAGAUAUCUGAAGGAGAGAUACAAAAAAGCACCGGAAGAUAAAUUUCUCUACCGCGUAGCUACGAGUUGGGAUUACGGUUGGCAGCAGAAGCAAGCUAGGUUGAAGGCGCGCGACGUGAACUUUGGCCGAAGCUUAAUAUUGAAGCAUACCUUCUACCGCAGGAACAACGUGGCGCCCGACCCGCCGCACUAUGGCGAGCCCAGUGGCGGGCAGACCUCCAUCUGCAGCGAAUACUCUUGUAACUUCAAUUAGGAACUUGCUAGGAUAAGCUAAGAUUAAAUAUACGACGAACAUACAACAGUUUAUAAAUAUUUUCAAUAAAAUGGUAUAAAUAAUAGACGAAAUAUAGCAAAAAACAUA